UCACUAGAGUCAAAGCCAUUGGCCAGUGGCAAGGCAGACUGGCUGGCGACCAGGCGUCGUGGCGCUAACGCAGAGUGGCAGUGCGGCUGAGUCUCAGAGAGGGGUUUGGAAACUGCACUCUCGUCAAGCCUAGAGCCUCGCCAUUCCUCGACCCGCCAGGAGCUAUCUAGUUAGUAUCAUAAACGAGCCGACUGUGUCGCCAGUUGACCGCGUCCAAUCUUUACGUGGGCCACCGGUAAUGGACCCCCUGAGCAUCACGGCCUCGGUGGCUGGAAUCUUGUCAGCUGCGGCGCAGGUAGCCAAGAUUCUCGGCCAGGUCAAAGAUGCUCCCGAGACCAUCAAGUCAAUCGUGGUCGAGGUGAACCACAUCAAGAUCGUUGUGACGGCUCUGCAACGGUUCAUUGACAGGACGGUCCGUCUCGACCCCGAACGUGCUGCUCUCAUCCAGCUCGAAGAUGUCGUCACGAUCCUCACCCAGACCGUUCUGGUCUUCUCGGAGCUCGAGACGGUUGUCAGGGGCGCCUCCUCAUCGUCUCAAGAUGCGAUAUCACGGCUCCGCGAUCGUGUCACCUGGACAUGGCAACAGGGUGCGGCUCUGCGUCUCGUUGGCCAACUGCAGCAGCACAAGACCUCUCUGGGCCUUUUACUCCAGAUCAUUCAAUGCGAGUCCAACGUCGAGGCUUUCGAUAGCGCCGCGUCUCUCCAAGACCACAUCGAGCAGCAGCUAGAACGAGACUCGGAUCUAGCAUUUCGGCUGCAGCAGCUCGAUCUACCACCGGGCGCUAUCGAGCUUGACGAUCUGACCCCCUUAGGUCCAGGCAGUCCAGAUGGAGAUACAGCGGAGUCGGCCGAGGUUGAAGUCCAAGUUAGAGCUCUUGGAAAUGGCCAUCCUCCGGAACCUCCACCCAUACCGCCUAGCAGUAACGUCACGGCGGAUGCGGCAAGCAUGCCCCAAGCAAACUUUGACGACAUCUUGUCAGAAACCUGGGUGUAUAACCGAAACCGCGACAGGGAGACGGACGCGGCGAGCACCAUACUGACCACCAGGUCCCGGGCGUGGUCCAUCCUGUCCGGGCUCAGCCUGGCCCAGAUAUCCGUGAUUGCCGUCAUCAAGCUUCCACUGAACGACACGGAGCUUAAGAGAUUCUUGUCUCUUGCCUUCUCUUCUGCCAUGGACUCUUCCUCGACCAUAGCUGAGACUUCAGAAUCCCAAACCCAAGACCACCAAAGGCUCCGGAACACCAUGUCUAACGUGGAGAGGAGACUCAAGAAGGAACUCGCGGAUCUGGAGCGAAAUCCAAAUCUAAACUGGGCAGCUGGGCCCAUUGGCGAUAACAUGCUGGACUGGCAAGCAACUAUCAUGGCGCCAAACGAGUCCCUCUAUUCAGGCGGCUUCUUCUUCCUCAGCAUAGACUUCCCGAUCGCCUACCCCCUGACACAACCGCGGGUGAACUUCACGACGAGGAUCUACCACCCCAACAUAAACUCCAAAGGCGAAAUCAGGGGCGUCGAAAUGCUGGCAAAGCAGUGGUAUCCGAUGUUUACGAUUUCCAACGGUACGAAAGCCUAAAAACCUCUCCCUCUAGAAGGGGGCUUUUCUUCCUUGCCCUGCGAAGCUGAUAAAUAUUCAACCAUUCGCUUACGCCAUCAUCUAGUCCUUGUGGAAAUCACCAAGCU